CUGAUCUUGCAUUUCGCAAUUUCUGUGUCAAAACUCGGAAUUCGAAAUCCAGAAACCACCAAAUCCUUUCGCCCUAUAAGAGCAGAGCUGGAGACUGUGCAGGAUUCAAAGCAGAAGGCUCCGCCCGCGGCCGCCACGGCUGCCGCUGCCCACGGUCAGAUCCGGUACCGAUCUCCGUCGUCCGCCGAGCUUCUCGAGAACCAGACGAAUUCUCCGCCGUCGGAUCAAGACAACAACCAUCACCACCACCACAGCUUCUUCGAAGCCGACAAGAUGCUGAAGCGUCCCGGCGGCGGUCGCCUCGUCGGUCAUGAUUCGCUCCGCGACAAGAUCCAGAGAUACAGAGGGAUUCUCCUUCUCGUCUCCGUCCCUCUGCUCCUCGUCUCCUUCGUCGUCUACGUUGCGCCUCCGCGAUCUUCUUCUUCUUACCUCAAGGACUACUCCAUGGCUCACACGAAAGUUCCUCAGGCUCUCCUCAGAUCGACCACUACCUCUUCUUCGGCGUCGUCGAAGAACUCUUACGCGGUUAUUUUCGACGCCGGUAGCUCCGGUAGUCGCGUACACGUCUUCAGCUUUGACCGCAACCUCGAUCUCGUCCCCAUUGGUGACGAUCUCGAGCUUUUCGAGCAGAUAAAACCAGGACUAAGCGCGUACGCAAGUGAUCCCAAAGCUGCUGCUGAAUCUUUGAUUGGCCUCCUUGAUAAAGCGGUAAAUGUGGUUCCAAAGAAUCUUCGCGCGUCGACUCCUGUUCGUGUUGGGGCAACUGCUGGGUUGAGGUCUUUGCCAGGAGAUACCUCUGAACGCAUUUUGCAAGCGGUUAGAGAUCUACUGAAAGACAGAAGUACCUUCAAACUUGAGUCAGACGCUGUUUCUGUUAUUGAUGGAACUCAAGAAGGAUCCUAUCAAUGGGUGACAAUAAAUUUCCUACUUGGCAAUUUGGGGCAGAAAUAUGGAAGUACAGUUGGAGUGGUUGACCUUGGAGGUGGAUCUGUUCAAAUGGCUUAUGCCAUUUCCGAGGCAGCUGCUGCGAAGGCACCAAAACCAACAGAUGGAGAGGAGACAUAUGUGAAGGAAAUGUUUCUCAAAGGGAAAAAAUAUUUCCUCUAUGUUCACAGUUACCUGCGUUAUGGCUUACUAGCUGGUCGGGCAGAGCUUUUAAAAGUUACUGGAGAAUCUGGGAACCCCUGCAUUUUAUCUGGCUAUGAUGGGUCUUUUACCUAUGGGGGAAAUACUUAUAAAGCGUCAGCUUCCUCAUCUGGCUCAAGCGUUGAUGGGUGUAGGAUGGUAGCUGACAAGGCUCUCAAAAUAAAAGACACAUGUACGCACAUGAAAUGCACAUUUGGUGGGGUAUGGAAUGGUGGGGGAGGAGAUGGACAAAGGAACCUCUUCGUUGCUUCAUUUUUCUUUGACAGGGCUGCUGAGGCCGGUUUUGUCAAUCCCAAGGAGCCCGUUGCCAAAGUUCAUCCUGCUGAUUUUGAAGACGCUGCUAAGCGUGCUUGCCAAACUACACACAAUGAAGCCAAAUCCAUUUACCCACGUGUUGAGGAGUCUAACUUGCCAUACCUUUGCAUGGACCUUGUUUACCAGUACAAAUUGCUUGUUGAUGGUUUUGGUCUGGACCCGUGGCAAGAGAUUAAGUUGGUGAAACAAGUUGAAUACCAUAAUAACUUGGUUGAAGCAGCAUGGCCGCUAGGCAGUGCCAUAGAGGCUGUCUCAUCAGCAUAGAUUAUGCUUCGCGUUUCAGCUAACCUGUUCAAACUUGAGCACAACCUUGCUAUUUGUCAUCCAGUCUCCGAGCAAUGCGCAGAAGUUGGCCUCAGAGCGUCGGUGUCGCAUCGAAUUCUGAAUUGGAUUUUGGUAUACAGGUUUGAAAUAAUGGGAGAAUAUGGUGCAAUUUAUUUUUCAUUUGCAGCUAGUUCAAUCUAUUACUGUCAAGUGAACAAUGUGAUUCCAUUAGUUCAUUUAGAUUUCUUUGGUGUGAAAAAGAUUGGCGUAUUUUUUAUUAUAUAUAUGUCCCUAUCUGGAGGUAGAGGGGAUUUUUGUUGAUUUC